CGCACAGUACUUCUCUUACAAAGCCUUGUUGUCUCUUGUGAAAUGGCUCGUACUAAGCAAACUGCCCGUAAGUCCACCGGAGGGAAGGCACCUCGCAAACAGCUGGCUACGAAAGCAGCCCGUAAAAGUGCCCCUGCUACCGGCGGUGUGAAGAAGCCUCACCGCUAUCGUCCGGGUACCGUGGCCCUGCGAGAGAUCCGUCGUUACCAAAAGUCAACCGAGCUGCUGAUUCGCAAGCUGCCCUUCCAGAGGCUGGUGCGAGAGAUCGCGCAGGACUUCAAAACUGAUCUGCGCUUUCAGAGCUCGGCUGUAAUGGCCUUGCAGGAGGCCAGUGAAUCCUACCUUGUGGGUCUUUUUGAGGACACUAACCUAUGCGCCAUCCACGCCAAACGUGUGACUAUCAUGCCCAAGGACAUCCAGCUAGCUCGCCGCAUCCGAGGAGAGAGGGCUUAAGCCAGAAGAAGGCGUGAAAUUAAUCCAAAGGCUCUUUUAAGAGCCACAUAUAUUCUCAAUGGGG